AGCAAUUACAUUCUUGACAUUUCGUUAUAGUAAAUGUGUUUUAUAGUUUAUGUUCUGUGAAAAAAUUGGAAUUACCAAUAGAAUUAAUUUUACAAUUGAAAUGUGUAAGAAUUCAAAUGUGAAAAUAAGUGUAUAAGUAGUAUAUUUUUUAGUGCAUAAAUAUGUCUGAAGAACAGAAUGUGCCAGAUAAGCCUAUAAACAUCCCUUUGACUGUGCCCCAAAUUAAAGUUAAGCAAGAAAAAUUCGAUCCGGAGGUGGAAGCGAAAAUUAAUGCUAUCUCCAUAGCUAAUGUUGUAAUAAAGCGUGAAUUUGAAAAAGAAAACAAUAGUUUGAAGUCAAAUAAUGAAGAAGAUAAAUUCAGUAAAACAAAUGCUGAUGAUAAUGGAGAUGGUGAUGAGAGUGGUGAUGAUGGUGACAGUAGCGUAGACGAUAGUGAUUCUGGUAAUAACAUAAUUAAUAGACACGAUGCAAAUGGAAAAGAAACUAGUGUAGAUGAAGAUAAAAAAUCCAUUACACCGGUAAAAUCAUCCAAUGAAAUACUCGCUGAGCUCUUCCAAGUGUUCAAUGCAGCGCCUCCUGAGGAAUUGUUGGAUGAUAAAAGUCUACUUAAGAAGAGUCAUAAGCAUAAAAAGCACAAAAAAGAAAAGAAGAAAAAAAUUAAGCGUGAAAAAGAUGUUUUGACAGGAAAAGGGAGUUGUAGUGACAGCGCUGAGUCCAACCUUCCUGACCAUGAAAAAAAAUAUAAACACAAACAUAAGAAGAAAAAGAAACAUAAACACAAAGAUUCAAAGGAUGAGGUACGGGAUAAAAUUAAUGAUAAAGGUAAGAAGGAUAAAGGAAAGUCUAAAGAAAGGCAAAAAAGCAAAGAGAAGUUUAUUGAUGCAGCAAAGGACAUUUCAAAGCCAUCUUCACCGAAGCUCUCUAGAACUGAGCCAAAAGAUGUACAUCAACAGGAUAGUCGAUCACAUAAAAGACAAUCCGAUACACUUGGUACUGGUGCAACAAAUGCCAAAAAAACUCGUACAGAAAAUGACCACAGUCAUUCGAGGGAUAAAGGUGAUGAAAUCGAAAAAUACAGGGAGAGAGAUCGAGAUAAAGACACAAGUAGCGAACAAAUCCUUGAAAAAGAUAGAGCAAAGAACAAAAUAAAAGACCGGAAACAUAACAGUUUUUAUAAUGGUUUUGCGGAGUAUGAGUCCAACUCUAAAACAGUUUAUAUCAAGAAAGAACCAAACGAAUCAACUAUCAAGCAACACACACAUGACGGCCACAUUUCGGAAAUAUCUCUCUCUGACGAAGAGGAGGAUUAUCUUAAAGAUCGUCAUGUCAGCGAUGACCCAAAGAAUCGUCGAUUUGGGCAUGAUUACGCCAAUGAACGACCCUCAAAUAAUUUCUACGCGGGAAUAAAACGAAGUCGGAGCCGAGAUCGAGAUAGAAAUCGAAACCGUGAUCGUGAACGAGAGCGCGAUAGAAACUACCGUGGAGACGGACGAAGCCAUAGCAAGCGGCGAAGCCGCAGCCGUGGUCGUUCGCGCUCCCGUUCACGUGAUUUAGGUAUCGACAAGAAGAGACUACUCGAAAUAGCACGUAAAAACGCCAUCAGCAUGUUCAAACGCGGAAACUUGCCCGGCUGUGACAGUAUGUCACAGGAAGUCAAGGACAAAGUGUUGUUAAAAAUGCGAUACGGUGGAAAAACUGUGCAGGAUCUUACAGAUUUUUGUAAGAAGAUUUCAAACGGUGAAAAUCUGUCAGAUCUCAGCUCCGACGAAGAUUCCGACGUUGAUAAGAGUGGUAACACGAAAGCAUUUCACCAUCCCUUCCAGCUAAAAGAACGCGAACCGAUAGUAAUGCACAUACGCAAUGCUACUACUUUGCCAUUGCGGCCCACUUCAAACGACGCUGUAAAAGCCAUAACGAUGCAAUUCCCAGUUUCGUCUGGCCAACAGCAUCGCAUGACUGAAGCAUGGGUUCCCGUGGUACAGAAAGAUAAUUUACCACCAUUGCCGACAUUGCCUGCAGUCACACAAUCAACCACCAUAUUUAAAACAGGCGUCGUUAAGAACGUAUUUGAAAAAGCCAUCCCUGAAGAACAACAAGAACCCGCCUUCAAAUCAGUGCAACAACCAUCUGUAAAUAGUAAUGGAGAAAGUAAUUGUGCGGUGCCAAAUACAGUUGAUAAUAGUGCGACUCUAGCUACAAUCCCAAAUAUGCCAACAAAAAUACAAAUACCAACGCAGGUGCCUCUUGUUAAAACCAUCACAGAUGCACCAAUCGGUGUAAAACCAUUCUAUCCAGUGCCGCCUCCAUCUGUGACUGCUGCGGUUUCUGCACCUAUCACAAGCUGUCCUCCAAUACAGCCAACUGCGUUGCCGCCUUUACCACCUCCACCUAUUCAACAGAAAUUUGUUCCAGAUGUGCCAGUUCCAUCUAGUUCAGAUAUACCUGUCGGUGCUGCAAAAGUGUUUCCCGAACUCUCGGGACCACAACUAGACGUGUCCAGUAUUAUAUCUAAACGCUUACAAGCAAUGAGACGAUUACAGGAAAAUCCUAUGGACCCUGAAGCUAUUAAAAUGAUGUACAACUCACAAAAGGACAUGUCUUCAUGGGCGUCAUCCAAACAUUUACCAGGCCAAUUUACUGGUAGUACCGGCGCCAAUAUACUUUCAAUGCGCGAAUUGAAUGCGGGGCCACAAGCGUGGGCGCGACGGGAUCAGUUAAUAACAUCGCGUCCAGUGAGUGGAGGUAUGGGCAUGCAGUUACUACAAAAAAUGGGUUGGAAACCUGGUGAGGGACUGGGGCGUGACAAAUCUGGGUCCUUGCAACCAUUACUUCUUGACGUGAAGUUAGACAAACAUGGACUAGUCGCACGCGACGAUAAUAACGGCUACAAACAAAAACCGUGUAAAAAACAACGAGCGCAAAAUAAUAUACAACAACAACAACAGGAAUUAUUAGAAAAACACCCUGUUUGUCUGCUAAACGAGUUGACAUCCAAACGCAAGUGGACGCCACCAUUGUAUACGCUUGUUAACGAGGCCGGACCUUCGCAUAGUAGAAUGUUUUUAUUCUCAGUAUCAAUAAAUGGGCACACAUAUACACCGACACAGGGUUCAAAUACGAAAAAGGAAGCAAAAUUGAUUUCAGCACGCCAUUGUCUACAACAAAUGGGAAUCUUACCAAUGUAGUUUAUCAACUUGCUCUAAGCAUUGAAUCAUUGAAAAUGUCAUUUCUAUUACAGACUUCACUUAAUAUCAAUUCCAUUACUAUAAAUGUAAAAUUCUGUAAAAAGUGAACACAAACUAGAAAUUAAUAAAUUGAAAAUAUGUAAAUAAA